AUGCCAUUUGCUUUGAUGCUCGUUCCGCUGCAAGAAAUUCAUGAAAUUUGCAACAUGUACAUCAGGGCUUACUUUGCUGGAAGGUUUUUUCUGUUGGCAAAUUCAUUUCUCAAUCCAGUUGUUUAUUGUUUCCACAUGCCAGAGUUCAAGUAGAUUCUUAGAAGAAUGUUCAGUUGUAAUAGGGUGGGGUAAACUCAAAUUGAGUCGAAAAUUAUUAGUAUAGUUAUGGAGCUGCCGCGACUUGUCUAAAAACGCGUUAUUGUGCUUUUUUUCCGCAAAGUACUGAGAUAUAAUUGUGUUUAGACAGUUUUUCACUAACUCCCAAAUUAUUUCUAUUCGCUUAGAAUAGUUUUCACAAAUGGGCUCUGCUUCUUAUCCAUUUUUCCAUUGCUUUCUCAUUUUUUAAAGCUACGUGCUGCAAAGGUGGUAAACGUAGGUAAGCUGGAACGGAGCAGCACUGUUUAAAGGAAAAACAUAAAUUAAAUUCACCUCAAUAGUAGCCUUUUUCUACCGGUGACUUAGUGCUUUUAUGUUUGUAAUUUUAAUCUGGAAUACGGUUGUUAUUGUCAAAGUUUGUCGAUUUAUCUUAACUACGACAACUCUUGCCAGAAGCUUCCGCAAAACAAAUAAUGUGGUAAAAUUAUAGUCAAAGAGUUAUAAUUUAGCGUCUUCAACCUUGAAAUUAAAUUUUAACAACACAAUUCUUCGAUAUGUUAUCAUAGCUUACAAUGAACCUGUCAAAUUUAGUGUUUUACGUCGAGAGUAAUUUCAGCUUCCUAAUUUAAGUCCGGAAAUGUCAAAAAAAGGUUAUUAAAAAAAUCCAUACUCUUCGUUUCCAUGAAGCGAGUAGUUUUAAUUAAUUUUAAUUACGCCAUACAUGAAUCCCACAUUCUCGCUUUUGCAACUCUUCACGUUACAAUAUGCAUUUGAUGGAUGCGCAAUCAAUAUGAUUACUGAUGACAAUAGGUCCCAGUACAGAAAAGGUGAAAUUAAUAUUAUUCAUGAAGUUUCCAUUGAAACUAUAUUUAUUAAAAGCGGAAGAAAGUUGAAACAAAACAAACAAACAAGACAAAUUUUCGUCAAAAUGAAAAGAGGCUGUUGAUUUGUCAACGUCCUUCCCUUCGUCAAAAUUGCUAGAAUUAUUUCUGGAAAGGUAAACGAUGAUUUAUUUUGGUCAAAAACUUUAAUGAGAACAUCAACUGUGUUCUUAUAUUGGUAUACUUUAUGUUCAUUUCGAUAGGAUAUUCUAUGGAUGAGCAAAACCGUUAAAAAAAAUGGAACCAGAAAAGUGAAUCCAUUCUGAAAGAAAGAACACUUACUUUAAAAAUGUGCAUUUCUAGCGAGUUCUUUGCGUGGACAGCUCUCUUCAUAACAGUGACCAUUGCUAUCAUCGGAGGAAAUAUCAUCACCAUUAUUGUCUUCUGGAAAUUGAGAUCCGUUCUAAAAAGAACUUAUUACCUUUUGAUAAACCUUGCGAUCGCUGAUUUAAUUGUUGGUUUUGGAGGGGCUGUAUUCACAAGUACGAGCAUUUUGAAGCUUAACAGUACAGAAGAAAGUCCAGCGUCUACAAUUGCUAGGUUCUUACGAAUGGAUGUUUUCUCUGGUACCGCGUCUUUGACGACUUUGUUAUUUAUCGCCGGAGAAAGAUUUUUGGCAAUUGCUUUCCCUUUUCUUCACAAGGUAAUCACAAUACGUUUCUACAUGAAGUGCAUCGCAGUGGUGUGGAUUACUUCUUUUCUUAUGACCGGAAUCAUUUUCUCGUCAGGCAUAUUUCCUACUUCUUUUUGCCGCACCAUUUCCCGAGGAAUCCUCGGUUACUUUACGAUCGUCUGCUUGAUCGCCAUAAGCACUUUAUACACCGCGAUAUGGGUGGUCUCCAGAAAGGUGAAUGUUCGAAUACCUCGAAAUAGACGAGAUCAGAACAAGAGACUUGCUAAAACCUUGGCUAUUGUGACACUUACAUCUCUCAUUGGUCGGAUUCCCCUUUCAGUACACACUGUCACUCCUUUCUCUAAAAUAGAUGGAAACUGCUUCUUAUCCGGACCACGUAUCAUUGCACCUUUCCUUCAAAUGGCAAACUCUGUUAUCAAUCCAUUAGUGUAUUGUUAUCGCAUGUCUGAAUUUCGCGCAGUUCUUAAACAAAACUUUCCAACGUGCAGAAACUCC